AUGGCAGCAAAAAUACUUAACAAGCAAAAGAAAAUAAAUAGGGAAGUACGGGUAUCAGAAAAUAAUCCUGAUUCACAAGUUCAUUACCAAAACAGAAGUAGGAGAACACGUCAUCACAACAAUGAUGCAGAAUUAUUUUCUAACUGUAAUAUUUUCAUGCGAUCAGAUGUGGAAAAGGACAUAGUGAUAUGGAUUUGCACAUUAAAUAACAACAAUAAACAUCUGUACGGCAUUAAAGUCGCACAUGAAUACGAUUUAAGUUACAGCUAUACUGGCGAAGGCUUACAUAUACAAAAUAUACAAGAUCCCAUGAAUAUCGUCAGAAUGGAGGAAUUUGCUUUUGUU